AUGGGUACUACCUAUGAAUAUACAUAUGAAUAUGAAAUAUCAGAUCCCUCGAAAGGCGCUCGAAACACAGGUGGAACUACUCAACGAUCUGUUGCACACUCUCAUCCUGGAGGUAUUAUUGCACAUUCAAGUCGAUCGGACACGAUUGACCCAUUAGCAAAUUUACAACAUGAUCGCAUAUGGUCUAAACUCUAUGAUCCAGUUACCACGGAUAAAGCGCAACAUGAUAUUGAAAUUCAGGUUUGCUCAUUUACAAAGACUCUAACUCAGUCUAGGGCGAAAAGAAAAAUGUUUUCUGACACACCCAGACGUUCUCAAGAUGAUGAAAAAAUGGCUCGUCGUCAAGAUCGUAAAAUAAUCAAAAUCGAAGCCGCACAUGGAUCGGAUCGACAAACAUUUAUUGUUAAGAGAGAUUAUGAGUUACGUGUACGUGAUGUCAUGGAAGAAGCGUCAAAAACAUUUAAAAUACCUGUAGACCAAGUGAUUCUCUAUUGGAAGGGUCGCAAUAUUUGUGAGACGCCCGAUGUUCUCUUGGAAUCCUUGGGUGUAGAAAAUAAUAAUACCAUGCGCGUGGCACGUGCUGAUGAACAAUAUUUCUUACGGCAUCAACAACAAGGUCGAUAUCAGCAAGCUGCAACAUCAUCUAGCGGCAUGUACGGACAACAACAACAACAAUCAGGAGCAGCUGGCUACUAUGGACAACAAGGAGGAUCCUACUCAAGUGGUUAUUCAGGUCAACAAUACGGUGCUGGUAGUGUUUCUGGUCAACAGGCACUUUCUUCAUCAGCAACAUCAGGCGGUAUGUAUGGACAACAGCAAUCCAGUUCAACUAGCUACUAUGGACAGCAAGGCGGUGGAUCGUCGUCAGGCGAGUUUUAUGGAGGUCAACAACAGUAUUAUCCAUCACAAACUUAUUAUUCAUCUUCAACAGGAUACGAUCAAAAUUAUGUAAUCGCUGCAAUUGCACAUGUCAUCAAGAUCAAAAUCAUAAUUAUAACUGUUGUGGCCAUCAUCACGGAUCGCAUUCUCACAAUCAACAAUACUAACCAUUAUCAACAAUUCAAUAGUCAAACUACCGCGAGAUCGGCUGCGUCGACUCCCGCUGUUGCGACAUACAUAACCAGUUUACAAAUAGGUCUCGGUGACCGAGUUCAAGGUCUUGCCAUAGGUCGACAACAUCCCAUAACUAUCUACGAUCUACAAGUUGAACUUCAACAACAUUUCAACAUACCCAUACUCGAACAGAACAUCUCUUUCAAUGGAAUGCCACUGUUACACCUUCCACCCGAUACAUCACUUGAAACAAUUGGCAUCUUCAGUAAUUCGUUCAUAUCGCUGUGGCCUAAGAGUACGGUGACCCUGAAUCAACAACAAUUCACUCCACGGCAGCAAGCUUCAUCGUCAUCGUACUACUAUGCAGGCGGAUCUCAUCCGCUGUAUGGUGACGAUAUGUCAUCCAGGCGAAUGUACUACAGCAACAGCGGAGGCGAAAUGAUGCAAACUGGUAAUCAAGAAGAUGUAAUGAAACUCGAAGUGUUCCAUGGUUCUGAUCGUCAUGUAAUGAUCUUACGUAGUAGUAAUAAUAUUCGUAUCAUAGACUUGAUGGAAGAACUGCAAAAUAUUACUACUGUUCCGGUGCAAAAUCAAAGAUUGUACUAUCGCGGACAAGAAUUACAGACAAUGAAAGAGCGUACUUUACGUGAUGUCGGUCUUGAUAAUAAUUCUCAAGUGAGAUUAAUUGGUGAUCCAUUAAAAUCACGAUAUGCGCCAAUUAUGGCAGGAAAUCAAACAAACUGA